GCAGUAUAAUUUUAAUAGGUACUUUUCCAACAGCCCACCUAAAACCAACUCCUCUUAAGGCAUCCUGGAAUCAGUUUUCUGAAACCACAGACUUCAUGGCUGUAAAUAGAUUAGUCAUUGUGAAAUCCUUCCUGCUAUAAAUUGUUCUGCUGAAAAAAAAGGGGAUAUCCUCAUUUGCAUUCAUGCUCACACUGAAAUUUCCAUUACCAAACACUUAUCAUAAAAUAAGUUGCCUUCAUCAUCUCCAGAAGUAUUGGUGAUAGGACCAAGGUAUUUUUUUUUCCUCCCACCUUUUGAUGCAUGCGAAAUUGUACUUUGCUAAUACAAAAUGGAUAAUUUGGGAUUAGAGCUGAAUGAAAGAGCACCUCCAAGCAACUUCUCCAAGCCAGAAAAGAUUAAGCAAGAAUGCCAUGUGAAAAAGAGCCACUGGUCUCUUCUACAUAUCUUUCUGGUUUGUCUGUUGGCCUGUGCAAUAACCACAGUGGUGGGGGUCUUGAUUCUGUCUCUGGUUUAUGCUAGCACUCUUGCCUUUAAAAGACAAGAGCAUGAAGUGAAUCUAGAAAAUCUUGGAUCAGCUUCCCGCAAAAUUCCAAUAACUUCAGCCUACAAGAGCCAGGUGGACCUCAAGUUCCAGUUUCUCCACCAUCAUACUAAAUCCAAGAUGCACCAGUUUCCAGGAGGUGCUAUUCAGUGGUCAAGGUUUCGCAGAAAUGGCGAUGAAUACCAGAACAAGGAAGAAAUGGCCUUUGGAACAAGUAUCAACGCUCAGCGUUCCAAGAUGAUGUUUGGGACUCUUCUGAUCAAAAGCAAAGGGUUGCGUGCUCCACAUUGGCAUUUCAACGCCAAUGAACAGGGUUACCUCUUAAAGGGAACUGCAUGGAUUGGGGUAGUUGAAGCUGGUGGAGAUACAAUAGCUACAUACAACGUCACGGCAGGACAAAUUAUUUUUUUCCCUCGAAAUACGUUGCAUUGGGUCAAGAAUGUUGGUGUAGAAGAGUGUUUGUUCCUGUUGUUUUUUACAACCCAUGAGGAGCUUCAAACUCUGGACCUUGAUGAUACAUUUUUCUUGACACCCAAAGACAUUGAGGCAAGAUCUCUAAAGCCUCAAGGUGGUGUGGAUUUCAUCCGGUCAUUCCAGAAACAAGCAGAUGACCAAGCCAUCAAUCUUCCACCCAAUCUAGCAGAGCUUGUUCAGAAUGCCAACUACAACCAGUCAGCAGAUAUGCUUGUAUGGCGGUACUUCUUUGACCUAAAAGGAUCUUCCAAAUUCCAGUUUCCAGGGGGAGUCAUCCAAUGGGCUCGGUAUGUAAAAGACGGAAAAGGCUUAAAACCCAAUGAAAAAAUUUACAGUGAAUUUCUCCAUUCGAAGGAAGAUGCUCUUACCUUAGCAACACUCCGGAUCUCUAGCAAUGCUUUACGUCAGCCCCAUUUCCAUUUCAAUGCCAAUGAAAUGGGCUACGUCAUCAGUGGCUGCGGAAAGGUAGGUGUUAUUGUUUCAUCUACUCUUUCUACUGACUUUACCAUUGAAGUUGGAGAUGUUGUGUUCUUCCCAGUUGGAACCCAACACUACAUCAAGAGCACAUGUGAUGAGGAGCUGGUUCUCAUUUUGGCAUUUAGCACUGGCAACCAGUUGCAAACUCUAGAUAUGGAUGACUAUUUCCAUGCAACAGCAGACCAGAUAUUAGCCCAGCUGUUCUUCAAAAAGCAAGAUGAAUUUAAGAAGAUCCCAAGGUUGAAGGAAGAUCAGGCAAUUAACCUACCAUAGAAGCUUAUCCUUAUUCUAUGUUUUAGAUUUUAAUUCUAAUAUAUAAGCUACCUAGAGUUGCCUUUGCAACUGAGGUGGUACAUCUGUUGAUUAAUGAAAAAAAAAUCAACAGCAAUAAAAGGACAUCUCUAUUAAUUCUUUUUUUUUUUAAAGAAUGCCAAAGGUACCUGUCAUUUUCUAAUCUCGUGGUUGAAUUUUAUAAUAUACUUCAAAUAAAAUAACUUAACAACUGAUAUGGGCAUCCCAUCUUCAUUUGCAACAGUAACAGAGUUGGACGGGACCUUGGAGGUCAUCUAGUCCAACCCCUUGCUCAUGCAGGAGACCUGUCUUAGGGAUUCGAACUGCCGAAUUGCCGACCUUUCUGAUCGACAAGCUCAGUGUCUUAGCCAAUGAGCCACCUAGUCAGGAUAUUGAAUUUAGUAGCUGGAACAAUGAAGUGUACAAUAGGACAGAGCACACAGUUGAUUAGUUAGAGAGUGCUGAAUCAUGCAUGAGGCAAUCUACGCUAUGAUUGGUUGCUGUAAGUAAAAAGGGGGAGUUUCCCUUUCUUCCCGCCUUUUUCUUCUGUGAGUUCUACAUACAGUUUUAGAUUUACCUCAUGAUGUUCCUGUCUCCCUGUCGACUAUCAUGUGUUCUUUCUUUUCUGGAUGAUGACAAAGACUGAUGAAAAUUUAAAU